GAGAAGGCGUUUUUUGUCAUAAAAAUCAAAUUGUAACAGUUGUUUAUUAGGAUUUAAACAUAUUUUUUUGACAUGGAAGAAUCAGAGGCAACGGACACAAGUCCUUUCGUUUCCUGUCGAACCAUAUCGAAUACUAGGUGCAUGAUGACACCACGUGAGGUUGCUGCACUAAAUUCUUGCAAACAUGAGAUUCGAAGUAGUAUACAGCCUGUUGUUGCUGCCUCAGCACUGCACAAGAACGGUGGAUUAUCAGAGUCUUCAUACUCAAUUAUUAAGGAUAUGUUCUCAAAAGAAGUAGAAAGGGAGAAGAUAUCUGAUUUCUUAAUAGACAACAUUCCUAGCUGCAUGAAUUUAGAAAGCUUUGUUCAAUUACUCGAUGAAUGUGGUUACAGAAAGAUAGCAUGUCAUUUAUUUCUGACAUACAUUACUGGAGGCAUCAAUUGCAUUCAUAAAUCUACAUCUGGUCAAAGACCUGUAGUUCAUAAUUUUUUCAGAAACCUGAAACGAAUGGUACAUGAUGCCCAGUUUGAGAACCCCCGAUUAGCACUCAGGCAGAUGGCAAUUAGGUUUAUUGACCAAAUGCAAAAAGAAACAAACCAUAUGAAACGACAGCUGAUGGCUGAUAAAUGCAUUGCGAUCAUUGGUGCAGAAAUUGACGCAAUUGCUAUAACAUUCGACAAACGACUACAUGAACAUGAUGUUUUUACGCAGAUGAAACAUCUGGUUACUGAAACAAGCAAUACAUCUAUAACAGAUGUUGUUUAUUUGGGUCGUUUAGCUAAUGCAAACUCAAUUGCUGGGAAUUUCCAUGAUAGUGAGGACAUAUUAGUUGAAGCACGAUGUAGGGCAUAUAAUACUGGUCCGUGUUUAGAACUGGUUAACAUGUUAUAUAUAGAGGUAUAUGUUAAGCUUUGGGAAUUUGAAAAAUACCCAUCAAAGGAACUGCGAAAACAACUUAUGAUGUGGGGAAGAGUGGGGCUAGAAAGCCUUGAAAAUGAAGAUGUAGAUACAAAAACUCUAUGGAGGCGCAUGUUUAUAUUACGAAUGGUGUUUUGUCUCAUUGGAUUAGGAAAUAGGGCAAACGUCAUAGAAAAUUGUCCUAUUGACGAAGAAUGCCUGACACAAGCAAGGGAUCUUCUUAGCGAUAUUGACCGCACUUGGUACGGCAUUGAAACGCGGAGGAAGAUGUUCUAUUUCGUCGCGAGAGCAAGGUUAAGUGAGCUUACAGAGAAUCCGACAGAAUGUAUUGAAUACAUUAGACAAGCGAGAAAGUUGGCAAAUGAGGGACACUUUGAAGAAUUGAUAUUCAUUGUAGAAUACUAUGAAAGAAUCAUCAAUCGCAUGGGAGCAGCAGGGCGAAAUACAUCACGCCAAACAGGGAAUUGUCUUCUGCUCAGGAGAGAAUCAGACGGCAGUUUAAAUGGCAGUAACGACGAAUGUAUUUUGGCAGCAACAGACGAGAACAGGAACUUUGUUUUACUUCAAACGUUUGCCGAUUCAAAUUAUUCUGCUGAAGACAGACUUCAUAUAUGCAUCGAAACGACCCCCAGUACUUUUCCAGUUAGUGACCAACCAAUUUACUGCCCAGCUGGAUAUGAUGAGAGUCGUAAUUUACUUCUCUUGAAGUCAUUAGAAUUGUCUUUACAUCCAGGUACUUGCCAAAAUGAAAGUAAUACUGAAACAAGAAGAUUAGGUAACAAGACACAAAGAGAACCCAUUGACAAGUCAAUGAACCAAUUCAACUACAUUUUGUUGCAUUCAUCACAAGGCUGUUCAGCUAGUUCAUCUUUCCGUGAUCGUGAAACAUCAUCGUUCUGCCAAAUCAGAAGUUUGGAAUUAAAUCUAUGUCAUACAGCGCCUGAAAUAACCAAGAAUGAACAAUUUGUUUUAGUGGAUUUGCAAAAUCCAUCAAACAAUUACGUUCUCAUAAAUUCAGAUACGUGUGGCUCAAGCCAAAGUAGCUUUGAAAUUAUCACAUGUAAUGAGCAAGACUGUGAAAUGUUACCUUUAUUGUCCCCGAUAAGACUUUGUGCUCCCACUUUUAAUUACAUUGGCGAAAGGAAAGAUGACAUUAGUCCACCGCAAAAAAAUAACACCGACACAAAUCAAAGAUUAGAUCUACUCUUUCCAGAAUCAGAUAUUGACUCUAUUAACAUAGAUUCAACAGCUAAUUCUGAGAUUAUUCCUGCUGGCGCUUUUCAGGGAGUACCUAGAUAUUAUAUGAUACAGGAUGAAACAAUUUCUGCAUCCGACCAUAUACUUGGUGAACGAUCCGAACCAAGUGGUUGCUCUAGCGCAAAUAUACCAAAUGCUGUUCAAACGAGUGGAGUGAACAGACGUCAUGAUGAAGAAAAUUCUAAUGAAACCCAAGAAUCUAAUGGCAAUAAAGGAAAUGUACACGUUGUCGGUCAAAAAGAAAGUAGUGAACAAGAGUGGUCUUUCCAGAGUGACGAAAUGUUUGGAGACUAGCAGAUGCCGAUAUUUAUUGACCACGUUUUUAAACAGCGUGCAUACUCUAUGUAGUAUAUUCAAUAUAGUUCCAACAGACGGUCGAUAAUAGUUACGAUACGAACCUACAAUAUGAUCCACUGAAUUUAUCUCGGUGAUACUAAAUAAAAGUUAACUUGCUAUCAAUCGAUAUUUACAGUAAGAAAUUAUUCUAUUCAUAGAAUCUGAUCUAACGCCACAAUUUUUGUUUGACAGUUUGUAACCGUAGGUGUUUGAACAGAACAGGUGAUUAAUUUGUGUUCGAAACUGAUCAUAAUCAUCUACUACGGAUAUACGAUAUACUAUGCAUUUUUAAAGAACGUCAUUAUGUAUAAAUAGUUUAAGCUAUUUGGUUUUUCCUUUUUUGUAUUAAAAAAGAAACCAAACUUCACCAUUUACUUUAAUUAAUAUUUUGACUAAUAUGUAUUUUAUAUGACUCAUUAUGUUUCUGUAAACAUGUUAUGAUAUUUCAGCCUUCAAGAAGCUAUAAUGUCUUGGCUGUACAAUUCACUUCCGGAAUACCAUUUUAUGUGUAUUAUGAAAUAGAUACUUGAAUAAUAUUUUUACCCUAUUAAAUCGUAAAACUAA